AUGGACGAACACGACGAACCUCUCCAACUCCUCGGGACGGGUCGUUCACGGCGGAGCACAGCAGGGAACAGGUUCCAAGCAGUAAUGGCAGAAGCAAAAGCAGAACAACCAAAAGAACCAGAGGCAGCUGAAGAAGAUAAAGAAUUUCAACUACCCAAACCGGUCCAGGAAGAGGAUUACAUAGACGAACAAAACGAAAACGUUGACUCUGACUUUGAACGCACCUUUUCUGGCGAGGAAGAAGAAGAUGAGGACAUCGAAGGAGACGAAAAUGACCAAUCUACGCGUCCAAGUGCAGCUGAAAAAGCGAUACAGGAUGAAGAUAAACGUCUCCGUCAGAACGCCAAAUCCCGGCUCGAGAAGGCGACGGCCAUAGCACACGCCCGGAAUCGAGUGACCUUCAACCCAGAGCUCUACGCCUCCGAAAUCACUGGCUCGUCGAGCUCAAAAUUGAAAGCCAAAGCGAAGGAGAACGAGGAAAGAGAUGCGAGUGUAUCUCUCGCGGACGAGUUCGGUGGACUCUAUAAACGCCAAAGCACUCGAACGACCACAAUCCUCAAAUCAUCUGCUACAUACGAGCGUCUGAAGCAAAAAGAAAGUAAAAAGGUACCCAGGCGCAAACGCAGCUCCACAUCUACACCCCUCCCAACCCAGUCCGAGCUCAUCGCCAAGGCUUUAGAUAACGAAGAAGGAAACAUAAUCGAGCACCGUGAUUACCUCCGGAACGAGGAACGCAAGCGAAGGAAAGCCAGAAAGGUGGAGAGGGUGCGCGUGACUGGGCCCGCACUGAGGUGGGUUAGUCGGAUCGAGGAAAUCGAGAAGAAUGAGGAGAACGACCAAGAGAAGAGCGGGGGAAAAGACGAAUCAGCUUCCCUGGCGGCCGACGGGAAACCUGAGCAACCUCUGGCUCCUACAUCGAAAGAGACGCAGAGAAUACGAACAAAUUACUUGGUUCAUCGCGAACGACGACCCGAUUGGUUGGAUACAAUGGAAGCUGUGUUCGGGGACCACGUUGAUUGGGACAAAGUCAAAGUCUACGUAGGGAAAGGACGACCUACAUCUCGCCCAAUCCAAAUGUGUCCAAUGACCGGAGACGUGGCUAAAUACCGCGAUCCAGUGUCGGGAGUUCCCUACGCAAACGCAGAGGCAUAUAAAGUCCUUCCCAAGGUGCUGGAUCACCAGUUUGGUUGGAGACCUGAAGUGGGGAUCUAUACUGGAGACGAUGGGGACUCCGACUUGGAUACCUAUCUCUAG